UGAUGUGAAGCGGAUGGUCCGGCUGCAAUGUUCGGUCGACUACCCCCUCAGAGUGAAGUUAGAACACACGCCCACUUUUCGCAACUCCUCACCUAUUCUCAAUAUCUUGUUUUAGGCCAAACCGCCAUAUUUAUAAAGGCGGACCGUCCCAACAUCGAGAGAUAUCAUAAACCCCGAUAAUUCGGAUCUUUACUAUCUGAACAGACAAGUUAAUAGCUUCUCAGCAACAUUUUUUAAUAACAAUGGAUAGCUCUUCAGAUCGCAAACCUGUUCGAGACACAGCUGAGGCUGAUGCUUGGUUCCCAUCUCCCUAUUCUCUUACGCAAUACACCUCGUCUAAGACGGACUUUGAUGGCGCAAAUUACCCCAACGCAUACAAGGGCGGUAAAUGGAAGGUGCUCUUGAUUGCGACACAGGAGCGGUAUCUCAAGAUGGCCAACGGGGAAUUUUUUUCGACAGGCAACCACCCUGUGGAGAUGCUUUUGCCCAUGAUACAUCUUGAUGCUGCGGGGUUCGACAUUGAUAUUGCCACGCUUUCAGGCGACCCUGUUAAAUUGGAGAUGUGGGCUUUCCCAAAUGAGGAUGAGUCGGUCAAAGCCAUAUACGAGAAGUACAAGCAAAAAAUCCGCAGCCCACUCAAUCUUCACGACGUGUGGGGUAAGGGCUUUACCAAGGACACUCCAUACCUUGCUGUGUUUAUUCCUGGUGGCCACGGUGUGUUGAAUGGUAUUCCCUUCUCGGCAACUGUCGGAAAUGUUCUUCGAUGGGCUCAUGAGAACCAACGCUACUUCAUUUCACUCUGUCACGGACCAGUCAGCAUGCUCGCUGCUGAUAUUGGAAAGCCUGAGGGUAGCAAGUUUAUCUACGAGGGCUACCAAAUUGACGUUUUUCCGGAUACGCUGGAUGACGGGGCAAAUGUCGAAAUUGGCUAUAUUCCGGGCAAGAUGGAAUGGUAUGUCGGCGAGCGGCUCCGCAAGCUCGGUAUCACACCGCUUAAUAGAAGCAUCGACGGCUCUACUUAUCGCGAUAGGCUUGUUCUGACUGGUGAUUCCCCAUUGGCAUCGAACAACCUUGGAAAAUUGGCUGCCAAGACACUUCUUGAGAAAGUUGCUCAGCUCUCAUAAUUCUCUCCCCAUAUACGUUCAGCAAUAAAGGGCAGGAAGGGAAUGCGAAAAGGGGUGCAAAUAGAAUACUUAGGUACCUAGGUACAUAGGCAAUACCAAGCAUUGGUGAGAAUGCGAGUACAGGC